AAUAUUUAUAUUAGACUUACGCACUAUGAUCUCGUUAAUAUUUGUAAGAAGAAAAUUACUGCUUUGAAAUGUUCAUGAUGGUGACCGAUCAUCUAUCAAGCGGCGCGUGAGGAAGCAACUCGAGGGCUCCAACUUUUCUUGAAGGCUGAUCCUUGUAAUUUUUCUAAUAGGGCUCCAACUUUUCUUGAAGACUGAUCCUUGUAAUUUUUCUAAUAAAAAAGGAGGAUCGAAGAUGUUGUCAUAGUUGAUUCAUUUUAUGGAACAAGGGCCUUGCUCUACUCUGAUUUCGAGUCAUCACCUACCGAUAACCGCCGCCACCCACCCAGCUGUGUCUCAUCUCACCUACUGUGUUCCGUCGUUUCCGUCUCUUUUACGCUAAUCAACCUCUCCAACCACUGCCACAUAGGGUUUGGUUUUGUUUCCCACAAAGAUGGAGACAUCAUCACUUCCACCGCCGCUGCAACAAUCGCCAUCGCCAACGGGAAGGCCGAGGGUUUCAGAGAUGGAAGUUCAACAUCCGAUGACCGAAGACGCUUCGGCUCUAUGGGAUUGGGGAGACCUUCUCGAUUUCUCUGUUGACGAUCCAUUUACCAUCUCCUUUGACUCCGAUCACAAUCUGGAGGUUUCGCCGUCACCGGAGCCGUUGACUCGCGAGGCGCCGGACGCUCCAGAGAGGGUGCGGAAGCGGGAUCCUAGGUUGACCUGUGAGAAUUUUUUGGCGGGUCGGAUUCCUUGCGCGUGCCCGGAGCUCGAUGAGAUGAUUUUGGAGGAGAGUGCCCCGGGAAAGAAGAGGGUCCGGACUGCGCGACCAGCCGCGGGAAGGGCUCGGUGUCAGGUGACGGGUUGUGAGGCUGAUAUUAGUGAGCUGAAAGGGUAUCAUCGACGGCAUAGGGUUUGUCUCCGUUGCGCGAAUGCUAGUGUCGUUAUUCUGGAUGGACAGAAUAAGCGUUACUGUCAACAGUGUGGGAAGUUUCACAUCUUGUCAGAUUUUGAUGAGGGUAAACGCAGUUGUCGAAGAAAAUUAGAGCGUCACAAUAAUAGACGACGUAGAAAACCUAUUGAUUCUGGAGGCACGGUUGAAAAGGAAAUUCAAGGGGAACUUAUAUCUGAAGAUGCUGCUCAUGAUGGUGAAGCAGAUAAAGAUAGUUUGUGCUUGAGCAGCCAGCUAAUCGAAAGGGAACCAUUGUUGGAGUCUGAAGAUGGACAUUUUUCCACCCUUUGCUCAGUGCCUGGUUCCCAGAAUAUUCAGAGCGAUGGUAUUGUAUCUUUUGUGGGUUCUGGAGAAGCCCAAAUUGAUGGAGGCAAAAAUGAUUCCAAAUAUACCCUUUCUUCAUCUUACUGUGAUAAUAAGAGUGCUUACUCAUCCCCCUGCCCUACGGGUCGGAUUUCGUUCAAGCUCUAUGAUUGGAAUCCUGCUGAAUUUCCCAGACGACUUAGGCACCAAAUUUUCCAGUGGUUGGCUAGCAUGCCUAUUGAGUUGGAGGGCUAUAUCCGUCCUGGGUGUAUCAUCUUAACAAUUUUUAUUGCAAUGCCAAAGUUUAUGUGGGACAAGUUGUUGGAAGAUCCUGCUUCAUAUGUACAUGACUUUGUUGCUGCACCUGGAAAGAUGCUAUCUGGAAGAGGCAAUGUACUUGUUUAUCUAAACAACAUGAUUUUUCGUGUUACAGAAGAUGGUACUUCUGUGAUGAAAGUUGAGGUAAAGAUGCAAGCCCCAAAGCUCCACUAUGUGCAUCCUAACUGUUUUGAGGCUGGUAAGCCCAUGGAGUUUGUUGCUUGUGGAAGUAACCUGCUUCGACCUAAAUUUAGGUUUCUAGUAUCUUUCGCUGGAAAGUAUCUGUCUUAUGAUUACCAUGUUGUGUUCCCUCGGGGUAAGAUUGAAGGUGACACUGCUGGUAGUUUGGACCAUGAAUUCUGCAAGAUAUACAUCCCUCAUACUGAGCCCAAUGCCUUUGGCCCUGCAUUUAUUGAGGUUGAGAAUGACCAUGGCUUAUCCAACUUCAUUCCUAUUUUUAUUGGAGACAAAGAAAUUUGUUCGGAAAUGAAGAUAUUGCAGCAUAGAUUUGAUGCAUCUCUCUGUUCCAAAGGAUCACAGUUUUUUGCUAAAGAUCCAUCUGACUCGUGCAAGGUUUCAGUAUUGGGACAAACCGCAUUUUCUGAAUUUAUUUUAGAUAUAGCCUGGAUACUCAAGGAGCCUGCAUCGGAGAAUAUUCAGCGAAGUUUAACCUCUUCACAUAUUCAGAGAUUUAAUUGUUUACUGAACUUUCUAAUACACAAUGAGUCGACCACCAUCUUGGAGAAAAUAUUACAAUCUCUGAAGAUUUUGAUAGAUAACAUGGACUUAAACAUUCAGGUUAAUGGCGCCACUGAUACUGAUUUGAGGCUGCUUUAUAAGUACAUGGAUCAUGCUAGUAAGAUUCUUCAUCAGAAACUUCACAGUAGUGGGGGUUUAGUACUGCAUUCUGGAAAUUCUGUGACAAAAGGGGAUCAUCCUAGCUGCUUCCACAACAACAUGCUCCCUGUUGUCUUUCCCCCUGAGGACACAAAAAUAAGCGCAAACGGUGGGUUGGCAGCAAUGGCAAGUUCAACUUCUACAGAUAGAAGUGAAACUGUCUCACUAUUGAACAGAGAGGUUGUUAUGAAUAUGAACUCAAUCAAGGAACAGCCAAGGAAAUCCUGCAGCCUUAUUUUCUCAAAGAAAGCCAUGACCUCACGACCUUUUCUUUAUAUGAUUGUUGCCGCUGCCGCUUGUUUUGGGAUAUGUGCUGUCCUUCUCCACCCUCAUGAGGUUGGCAAAUUGGCAGUGUCUAUCCGCAGGUGUUUGUUUGACAAUUCUUAGAAGUUUUGGCAGAAUGUCUGUGCAUUUCGUCUCUUGUUUUAUGCAUAUCCAAUGUCCUUGAUAGGAAAUGUGAUUAAAGGUUCCUGAAAUCCCUUAAUCUGGAUGUGCUCAUCGUGUGCCUCUAUUUGACUCUGUACUGGCAGUUGGUAACUGGCAAACUGCUUGUUGCCCUUGCACCAUCCCGAGAUAUGUAUCUGAGGCAAAAACUGAUGUAGGAUGUUUGAUUGUAGCCCUAGUUUCCCCCUCCCCACACCCUAGAGCUGUUCUUAUCCUAAAACACCAGAAAGCAGCUCCAGCUUAGCCAUUUCUCUUGUACAUUUAUUUUUAUGAUGGACGGUUGGAGAGGCUUGUUUUGUGGUUAAAUAAAGAGGGCUGGUGUUGUGAUUCACCUUA